GCCUUGGCCCUGCAGGCUACAGGGGCUCCACGAGGACUUUUGGAAGUGAGCGUGAAAGAGGAGAAGAACCAUGCCUGUGGUCAAGAAUCUGACAGGUCAAGGAAGACCUUUGAAAGCAGGGAGAUCUUCCGAAGACACUUCAGGGAGUUCUGCUAUCAGGAGACCCCGGGACCCCGGGAGGCGCUGCACCGGCUCCGAGAGCUCUGCCACCAGUGGCUGCGGCCCGAGACCCACAGCAAGGAGCAGAUCCUGGAGCUGCUGGUGCUGGAGCAGUUCCUGGCCAUCCUGCCUGCAGAGCUGCAGGCCUGGGUGCACGCACAGCAUCCAGAGAGCGGGGAUGAGGUGGUGACUGUGCUGGAGGACUUGGAGAGGGAGCUGGACGAGCCAGGAGAGCAGGUCCCAAGUCCUACUUACGAGCAAGAAGAGGUCGUGAGGCAGAAGGCAACUCAAGGAACAGCCCAGGUAUCCCCAUGCAGCCAGUUCCCGUGCUCAGAAGAGCAGCUGCAGUGUCACAUGCCAGAGGCGCGCCCAGUGCAGGAGAGCGGUAGCGAGGCUGGGACUCGGAAUGUUGAGUUCGCACCAGUGGAGGAGGGCUCUAAAGAAAUAAAAUUUCCUGUGGAAGGACCUGGAACUCUCAGCAGUGGUACCACUCAGGUGCCUGAAUGCGGAGAUGCUUGUGGCCCAGAGGGCAGACUGGGCAGGCACCGGGUAAGCUCCUCAGUGGCGGAGAGGCCUCACGUCUGCAGGGAGUGUGGGAAAAGCUUCACACAGAACUCCAUUCUCGUGGAGCACCAGAGGCGGCACACGGGUGAGAGGCCCUAUGUGUGCGGUGUCUGCGGGCGCGCCUUCAGCCAGCGCUCCGGCCUCUUCCAGCACCAGAGGCUGCAUACUGGGGAGAAGCACUACCAGUGCCGCGUGUGCGGCAAAGCCUUCAGCCAGAACGCCGGGCUGUUCCACCACCUCCGCGUCCACACUGGAGAGAAACCUUUCCAGUGCAGCCAGUGCAGGAAGAGUUUUAGCCGCCGCUCUGUCCUUGUGAAGCAUCAGAGAAUUCACACUGGAGAGAGACCUUAUCAAUGUGGAGAAUGUGGCAAGAGCUUCUUUUACCACUGCAACCUUGUCCAGCAUCAGAAAAUCCACACUGGAGCUGAGCCCGUGGGCUCCUUGGAGCAGGCAGGGCAAAAUCUCUGAGCCCAGACCCCAAGGCAAGGUCGCAAGGGCACGGUUCCUUGCUUGGCCCCUGAGAGAACAAUCAUAAUUUCAGGUAGUGAGGCUGAAUAGAAAAGUACAGGGAAUACCAGGAGAAAUUCCUUUAAUUUUAGGCUAAAAGAAAGCGUAAUUAAGUGCAUCUGUCAAGGUCUCCAUGUCAAUGACAGCCACAGCUUUGCAAUGGCAAAUCUUAGUUCUUCAUCAUAAUACAUGCUUCGAUCUACGUACAUGU